AUGCAUCAAUCUCGUUCAUAUCGUAAGUUGAUCAAGCCUUUGGUGCUUCGUGAUCCCGAUGUGUUUUUGUUGACCCCCAAUUAUUCGCCAGAAAAUGGGAGUCUAUGGUACUAUGCCCCUGAUAAAGGAGCUCCCAUAGUCUUUGCACUCCUCUUCGCAAUUUCAGAGAUUGUCCACCUGUAUCAGACUUGGUAUGUGCACCGCAAAUGCCCAAUGUUGACGAUAAUCGUGUCCCUCCACCAUCAGUUGCAAGCCCCGGCUAAGAAUCACUCUGUGAUUAGGAAGUACAAAUCGUGGAAAGUGACCGGUCUCCUGCCUUGGUCCGCUCUCCUUUUCGCCGCAGGCUUAGGUCGUGAUGCGAUCUAUUGGAGCCUUUGGCCAGUGGGGCAAUAUAGGGGUAUACAUUGCAAGUACAGUGCCACUUCUCGCUGCACCGUAAUCCUGUCUAUGAGGUCACCUACUACCUUAUUCUCGGCCGGAUUCUGUACUACAUUCCAUACCACUCGUCGAUUUACCCUGGUCGUGUCUUCACCACUCCUUACAGUCAGUGCUGUGAUCGAGGCAAGCACUGCGAAUGGCGCUGCACAAGUUGCUGGAGCCGAUUCUUCACCGACGAGUGUCAGCACAGGCAAGGCACUGUUGAAGGCGGCUUUACUGCUACAUAUCAUCUUGAUGGUAGCGUUUGUCACAAUGGCAGGUCGCUUUCACUACAACUGUGUGAAGAAUAGAGUCUUCAAUCGGAAGAUCAGACGGGCUCUUAUCGUACUCUACAUCAGCUCGACCCUCAUCACUACGCGGACCAUUUAUCGCACAGUCGGGUUUUUCAGUACCGCAAGCCUGAAGACAUCAGCCCUCGAGUGGUAUUUCUGCGUGUUUGAGGCGGUGCUCAUGUUUUGCAACAGAAUUUUGCUGAAUGCCUUCCAUCCAAUGCAUUCCCUUCCUCUCUCUAACACGGUAUACUUGGCCGAAGACGGAGUUUCAGAAAUUGAGGGACCGGGAUACAAGGACCCGCGCCGUUUGAUUAUGACUUUCAUUGAUCCCUUUGAUAUCUGCGGUUUGAUUCUCCGGCGUGACAGACACGCCAAAUAUUGGGAAUCGGGUUCAGCAGAUGGGACGGUAUCCCCUUGUGCCGGAGCCAAGGUCUAA